CAUGUGGUUAUAUAGUGCUCUACAUGGGUCUCUGUGCUUAGAUUUGUACUUUGAUAUACACCCAGUCUGGUUUUGGCAAUCUGGACCCAGUUUAAUAAUCAUCAGAAUUGACUUACCCUCUACAUUUCAAAAGGAAAUGCAUUUCUAAAACGCGAAUGCAGUGAACUUUAAUCGAGAUCAAGCGGGACAUGACAAAGUUUUGCCGACUGAAAUGUGGACUCGAGGUUGAAGUUCGGACUGAACUUGCUCCGUUAGUUUGGACUCUGUGCUGAGGGGCGCGGCGGCGGAUGGAUACGAGCUCAUGUGAUGCGGUUACUGUUUGGUUUGACGUGAUACUCCUCUGUUCUCCAAAACUUUUGAACGAUUUAUCGUGUAACCGAUCAGCCUCGACAUCAAAUGAAGAAGAGUGAGACAAUGUUCUACUAAAUUGAAAACGUGAGCUCUUCCACUGCGGUUUACUGCGCUCACAGAAGCUCUUCAGACCGGAUCACCUCAGCACGAUGGAGUUUCAGUUUUUCGCAUCUCUUUCCUGUAUGUGGCAUUUCUUCGAUUCUCAUGCAUUGUACGCAAUUCACCAUUUCAACCGGAAUACAGCAAAUUGUGGCGGCAUAGAUUAUUCCCAGGAAGACUCCCCUCAUUUGCACAGCCGGCUUAAGAGCUCCCUCUUUCCUACUGGCUAACGAAGGCCAAUCAUAGGUGGAGGGAGGAGUCUGCACAGACGUUGGACUAAAUUGAUUGGAUGACAAAAACUUUUGACGCUUACCCAAAUUCAACUUCCACGGAAUCCUCUCCUGGUUCCUCUAUCCCACCUUCACCUCUGGAGCAUGAUGUCCAAAUGCCCUCCGACUUGGAGGUUAUGACCACUCUUCUUAAAGAAGAACUGGCUCAACUGGAGGAUUAUUACCUGUAUGAAUCGGCACCUAUGAAAUUGGAGAAAUGGCAAAAAAGUGACAAAAGCUUGCAAGCUAUGGCUACGCAGUCAUACUAUCAGUUACCCUGCGCUUCGUACAAUGUAAACCAAUCUGAAACAAAUCCCAGGCUGGUUUCCCUAGCAACUGGAGAUCUCGACCUGAGAGGCUUCUGUGGGGGCUCCAUGAGCCGACCGAAAAUGUCUCGACCCGGCCCCUACAGCUACAUUCGGACACACUGCAACAGCCAAAGAAUAUCAACGAAUGGAUGUAAGGAUGUCGAAGUGUUUGAGAAGGAAACGUGGACUUUCAAAGGGACUCAUUCAGGUUAUGCAGAGCUGGCUUUUGACCAGUGCUCUGUCGACAGAUCCUUCGGAAAGAGCCACGCGAGUGCAAAGAAGGUUCGAGAAUGUGCCAUACUGUUGAAGGAAGAAGAAAAAAGUUGCUUUACGGAAGACGUGCUUUACCGAGCAGAGAUGAUGAGAAGUUACGAUCUCGGCGGGACACUGGAGCCCCACCACAGACGGGAGGGCCAGAGCCAUGGGAUGAAGAUGCUCGGCCACGACGGGAUUGCCAUGCCCAUUUUGCAGUGUGCCGAGAGCGAGAGCUGUCCGCCGUAUAAACAGUCCGAAGUAGCCGAGUGCUACUUUCAUCAGAUCACUGCCAAUUUAGAGCCAUAUCACGGCUUCAUGAAUGAAAUCGAUCAGCCAAUCAGAACUGGGGCUGUUGAUAUCCAGAAUAAUGACUACUUGCACCACGAAUGCCUUGGGGAUCAAAGCUUUGAAUGUCUGUCCGGAGACAGUGUUGGGUCCUCUUUGGAGUUGCCCCUCCAGAAACCACUACAAAGGUCACGGGAAAGUCAGUGUGUAUUUAAGCCAGAUGUUAAAGUAGGUUCCUUGGAGAGAAACCAUGGAGAACGCAAGCAGAAGAAGAGGGAUCAGAACAAGUCUGCUGCCCACAGGUACCGUCAGCGUAAGAGGGUGGAGCAGGACUGUUUGGAGGAGGAGCUUCAUGGUUUGGAAGGGCGGAACAGAGAACUUCGGGACAAAGCAGAAUCUGUAGAGAGAGAGAUUCAGUAUGUGAAAGAUCUCCUGAUUGAAGUCUACAAGGCUCGCAGUCAGCGCUUAAAAGAGGAUUCCAGUGCCUAAACCGUCUUUUACCAGCAUUUCACUUAUACCAGACUCUGACAGCAUGUUUUUAUGCUCUAAAUAGUUAGUAACAAAAAAAAAAAUCAAGAGCUCAUGUAUUAAAAUGGUUGUGUUUUUCCAAAGCGAAAUCCGCAUGGUUUCAUGAAACUGAGAGCAUAAUAUCUGAAGCACUGUGAUGAUAGCCUUGAACACAUACUAGCUUGGUAUUUCAAUUUACAGUGAUAUAUUUAAUGAAAAGCUGCCCAUCUCAAGGUUUGACUGAAUUUCUUUCUUCACAAUCUGUGCUACUUUUAUUGAAAGAUAUUCUGUACAGGCUUGCUCCAUUCUUUAUUUAUCAUGGAAAAUCAGCACAACAUGAGAAUUUGUAAUAAUGUAGCGACAUGGUCAAAAUUCUUACUAUUGUAAUAAUGCAAAACACUGCAAUGUAUAAUGUCACUACCUUUUUUGUUGUCCGUCUUUUAGGUUUUAUAUUUUCAUGUAUUUUCUUCUAUUUCUCCUUUAUUUGUGAAAUAUCUCAUGUAAUUAUAUUUAGAAUACAGGAGAAACAGCUUUUGAAGUUAUAAUUAAAUUGCUUUAAAAUAAAUUAUACAUGAAGGUUAAUAGCAUAUUAAUGACUGAAUUAUUUUUUAUGUUCUUUUUUUUUUUUGCCUCAGGUAUGGAAUGCAUGUCUAAUACAUUGAAAAGCAUGAUGGGUUACAAUUUAUUGCAUGACCCAAAAUAUGAAAUGAAUGCUUUUGUGCAUUAUGACAAUAUGUAGAAUUUUUAUUUUGCCCUUUUGUUUUAUACUCAUUAACAUAGUGCUUUAAAAAAUAUGUGCUUUGUUUCUUCUUUUUAAUUUAGAAUUAAUGUAUGUAAUAGGUAUGAGAUAUAGAUUGUUUUUAUGCUGGUUUGCGGAAAACAAUCACUGUCAUUUGCUACAGGAUUUAAAAUUCUGAAGAAUUUGAACGAUUUCAACUUAUUUGAACAGGUGCACAUUACUACAGUAGUUUACUGUGCCUCUGAAAACAGACAAGAGUAGCAAAUCUGAAUGCAUUUAUUUCUGCAGGUUUUAAUGUGUUUCAGAAUCUACCAACACUUGAUUAAUAAAUACAAAUUAUAUUGUGCAGUAAUUCUUAUUUUUUGGUUGAUUAAAAUGUCAAUAAAUGAUUCUUAAAUAUUUUA